AUGUUGGAAGGACACGUGCCACGCCUCGCGGUCACGCUCGGCCUGCUCGAAGGCGGCGCGGCUUCGGUAGACCCGCCGGCCAGCGCGGAAGGUGUCCGCCGCCCGCUCCUCGGCCCGCGCCUCCCGAAAAAGAAAACCCGGCCACAAAAAGCCUUCCGCGCUAGCCGAAUGGAGGCUGGAGUGCGAUCUUUGGUGAUGCUCAUCAUCGCGCUGCUGCCACUCGCGCGGUCUAUCGCGCUCCCCGCUGCAGUCAGCCGCGCGGUUUGGGCAUCGCACCACCUGUUCGAGCGGCCGCUGCAGACUGCCGUACUCGAGGAUCUGGCGAAUGUGAAGGUCCCUGCCGAAGAAGACCGCGAGAUUCUGGCCUUUGCGGCGCGGCCAAAGGUGCCGCGGGGUGGGGCCCUGCCAGUGCUGCUCGUGCUUCACGAGUUCUGGGGACUCUCCGGCUCAAUUGUGGACAAAGCACAGGGUCUCGCUGACGAACUGGGCUGCCUGUGCAUCGCGCCUGACUGCUUUCGCGGUGAGACCACCGACUUCGUACCAAAGGCGAUCUGGCUUGCGCUGUCCACACCUCAGCAGCGCGUCAACGCAGACUUGGCCGCGGUGCUGCGCUGGGCCGCAUCGCAGGACGGUGUAGCGGAAAACUUCCCAGUCGGGGUACUCGGCUUCUGCUUUGGAGGUGGCAAGGCGAUUGGCUUUACGACUACAAUGCGCCCUGACGCGGCGACCGUCGUGUUUUAUGGCGAGCCGGUACUCAAGGUCGAGGCUCUGGCCGCACUGAGCGCUCCCGUGUGCGGCAUCUAUGGGGCGGAGGAUCCGCAGCCAACAACAAACCGAGCGGCAGCGGCGCGCUUCCGGUCGGCGCUGGCAGAGGCUGGGGUCGAGCACGAUGUUACUUGUUACGAAGGCGUUGGGCACGCCUUUUGGAAGGACAUGGGGCAGAUAGAGCGACGAGAGACGCCACAAAUCGCGGCGUGGCGGCAGAGCACCACCUUCCUGCGCACCUUCUUCGACGGGUGA